GCUAUUUUGGCUUCAUGUAAAAAGCCUCCACAGUAACAGGAAGUCACGAUGCCUCAGAUGAGCUUUAUUCUCAUGUUUUUAGUGAUGAGAUUUUCUGCUUCUGAGGAAGUGAAGAAGAACCUGACGGGCACUGUGGGAGGAAACAUCACUCUACCUGCACCUGUGCUGGAGAAAGGAUAUCUGUUAUAUGGAAGAACGAUUAUUGCUGAUGUGAUUAAGGGAGAAUUUCAAGUAUUUGUGGAAAAGUACAAGAACCGACUUCAGUGGGACAGAAACUCUGGACUCUUUACACUCACAGAGCUGCAGAGGAACGACUCAGGGAUUUAUACUGUCGACUCUAAAACAGGAAAAGUUUUCACAUCAUCAUAUAAGCUGACAGUGUACGACUCUGUACCGACUCCUGCAGUGAAGAAAGUGAGUGUGAGCUCUGAGAGCUGCUCCUUACUGUGUUUGGUGGACAGAGAGACCACACUGCUGUGGUUUAAAGACGAGCAGAGACUGAACCAGAGCAGCUCUGCGCUCUCUCUGCCUCUCACUGUGCACAAACAGGACUUCAGCUCCUCUUACAGAUGUGUGGCUGCAAACCCUGCAGACGAGAAAACUCUUCCUGUCCCUGUGAAUACGACCUGUGGAGACACAGACGACACAGGUGACAGGAACACAGACUCCUGGUUGUUCCUGGUUCCCAUGGCUGUGUGUUGGAGUGCUGUUGUUGUUUCGAUGGUUCUGAUGGAGGGGAAGAGAGAGGCUGAGACGGCUUCACCAUCAGCUGUGCACUCACAUCAGUGUGACCUUCACUGAAACACUGGAAAUAACAACGCUUUUAGGUGCAGUUUGAAAUCGUCUUCUAAACCCGAGGAGAGGAACGUGAUCCAGAGCACAGCUGACCUCAAAAUGCAUGUUUUAGAGCAGAUUUUAGCUCUAAAUAUAUUAUUUCAUGCAGGUUUUCCCAGCAUAUAUCUUAUUACCAUUACUCUUCUGACUACACACAGUUAUACCCCCUGCCCCUCUGUGAUUUAAACGCAGCUCACACAGUAUAAAGGCUAACUCCAGCUGGAUGGAUAAAAUCGAAACAUAAAAGAAACAUAAAUGUUCUUUUGAAAUGUUGCACAGAUUUGAAACUCUGAGGUGAUCACAGGCCUCAUUCUCACAUGAGCAGCAUAGUUAAAACCUGCUUUUUACCAUCAGUGAAUGUGCAUGAAAUGCUGAAUGCUUCUGAUCCUGGAGGAUUGUAACUCACUGCUCACAGGAAUCACAAAACAGCAGCAGACUCUGCUUCAGCUCCUGGGUUUGAGUUUAAAAUGGGAAUCCGUCUACGAGCUGCACUGAGAUCAUCACAUCAGGUUUCCAGUUAGUUUUGUGGUUGAUUUUUAAAUCUCAGGGAUGUUUUUAAGGCCUGUGUGUCUGGGAGCUCAGUAUCUCUCUGCUGCUCUCACCUCCAUCGCGUUUA